CAAAUUAGUCUAGGGGUAUGUCGCCAAGACCAUCUGGCAACACUGAAUUGAAAUCACAAUUUUGAAUUUUCAUUCAAAAACAAAUAUUUGUGAGAGGUGGUCGUAAGAACGGUGCAAAUUUUUUGCAGUAAAAUUCUUUAGUGAUUAAAUUGUAAGCUUUAAAAUAAGUUUAUAAUAUUGAGGAUUUAAAGUUCCAUGGCACCGGUACAGGGAUUGGAUCCACAUUUCGGAGAAGAUGUUCCAAAAAAUUUAUUUGAUUUUUCGGAAGCAUCCAUACGAAGAGCAUUUAUUCGUAAGGUAUAUGCCCUUGUUAUGUGCCAACUCCUAGUAACAAUGGGUUUUAUAUCCAUUUUCGUCUUUUACAAACCGAUGCAGCUUUUCGUAGAGGAACACAAUUAUAUCAUAUGGAUGGCGUUAAUAGUCGUUUUUGUGACAAUCAUCGCAAUGGCAUGUUGUGAGAGUGCGCGUCGGAAAGCACCAAAUAACUUUAUAUUCCUGUUCAUAUUUACCGUCGCCAUGAGUAUUCCACUGGGCUUCGUUUCCAGUAGAUUUCAAGUUAAAGAGGUGUUUAUAGCACUAGGUGUUACAGCCACUAUAUGUCUGGCUGUGACUAUCUUCGCGUUUCAAACCAAAUGGGAUUUCACCAUGUGUGGUGGAUUUGUCAUAGCCACAUUGACGGUUCUUAUAAUGUUUGGUUUCAUGAUGUUAUUUCUACCAUAUAAUAAUAAAUUACAUCUUCUAUACUCUGGUGUGGGGGUUCUGCUAUUCUCUAUGUACUUAGUCUAUGAUACACAGCUUAUGAUGGGAGGAGAGCACAAAUAUAGCAUUUCACCAGAAGAAUACGUUUUCGCCGCUUUAAAUAUAUAUUUGGAUAUUAUUAAUAUAUUUGUCAAGAUUCUUCGAUUAAUUCGAUAAAACCGUAAGCUUUUUCAGACUCGAAUUUUGGAUUAACUUUUAUACAUUAAGAACAAUUUUUGUUUGAUACUUAUAACUUAGUGUUAUUCUCUAUCCGAAUGUAAAUUAAAUUCAAAGACAAGUUUAAGUGUGAAGUAUUCCAUGUGUCAAAAUAUCUUCAUAGCAUAAGACAGACGUUUAACUUGUCUCUGAUUCUAAAGCGAAGGAAAGGAAGCGCGAGUGUGGAAACUUGAGGGAACUCCCAAUACUUUUAAAUAUCCUAUUUGCAUUUCAUUAAUCUGUAUUUGGUUUACUAGAAUAUCUAUAUUCACGCGAUACCUCCAAACUAACGCUUAAUUGGUAUCUGUGGUAAUGUUAAAAAUGUGUUAUUAUCGAAUAAUAUUAAGGAAGGCAUAUAUGACUCCAUGUAACGCGUUAAAGGAAAUUAUGUAUUGUUAUGAACGAAAUGAAUGCGAAUCGUUAAGUUUUUAAGUAUCAAAAGUUUAAAUGUAUAGAAAUAUACGUAUGAAAUCCGCGCGUUAUAUGGGGAAACGCGUAAUAUUACGUUAAAAGACUAUAACGAUAUACCGAUUUAUAAGAAUGGUCACGUGAGCGUUAGCUGUCAUUUAUCUUAAGUAAGUAGCAACUAAAACAUGACUGAAACU